CAUCAACAAUUCUAGUUUGACGGGACGCACUGUCUAAAAAAAAAUUGAAAGUAGAAAUAAUUUUAAUAACUCAGUGUGCUAACGUGUGCCACCAAUAACAAUUUGUCACACCUGCAACAGCUAAUGCAAUAUUUGUUAGCGAACAAAAAAAUAAUCAAUUAGUCAAUUGUGCAUAAACGAAUCGAAAAAUUGUGCCGUCGUCGUCAGAACAAAAGAGAAAUUUUUGUGCGUGUCACUGUCAACCUACACUCAACCCUCUUCAAGGGCCAUCGCUGCGAUCACUAUUAAACAACAACAACGACACCAACAACGGUAAACUUUGUCAAAGGCGCUGCUCCCCCUUUGCGCCCCACCCCGAAAAUGCAAUAGACUUUGGCACGCAUUACAACAAACAGUUUUUCAUGAGUUUUGCUGUCAGGUGAAAGUCCCUAAUCUUCAAAAAGUUCGUUCACCCGGGAGAAGUAGCUGAAGAACUACGCAACCAAAAUAAAAGAAAACAGCUACGAGAAUUUUGUGAAAAAAACAAAUUACUAGCUAAGAAGCGACAUUAUGCCGGAAGAGGAGCCAUCACAAAAGCCUAUGGAUGAACAGGAGACAUCGCCACAGUCGCAGCCCCAAGUGGAUAACACAACAACGGCAGCAGUAGAGACAACAACAACACAAGAAGAACAACAGCAGCAGCUGCCACAAACAGUCGUCACUGAGCUCUCCGCCGAAGAGAUACGCGCUCGACGUUUGCGCACCUUGGCCCGCAGCAAUGUCCUCAAUCCAAUUGCCACAGCUCCGCUGACAGCUGAGAAGCCGCCACAACGUGUUGUGGCAGCCACAGAAUCGCGUUUGGUGCGCGAGGCGCUGGCAAGCAGCAGCUCAGUGGACGAUAAAACCGAUAUAACAUGGUCGGAUUUGGCCAGCAAAGCACCCGAUGCUGAUGUCGAGAUGAAAUCGGUGGCAUCAACACCCAUACACGAUGUGGAAAUGCUUGCAGCACCUGCACCAGCGCCCGCUGCGAUUGCAACUGUCUGCAGCGUGCCAAAGGUAGCGUCCAACACACUGGCCACACAACCUGUUGUGGUCAACAUGGAGUCGUCGUCCAAUGCACCGCUUAAAACGUUAGAUGAACGCUUAGAGCAGAUGCUGUCACGUGUGCUAAACGCCACUUGGAAUGAGUUUGGCAGUGGUUCCAUUAUUUGUGCACAGACUGCGAGCUUCUUGGAGCUGUAUCCCCACUUGCGUUUCAAUUUCGAGUCUAUUGUGACGAAUGUGCUGCUCGAAACUGCGUUUAAGUUCUACAACGAUGAAGUGGAGGAGUCGGUAAGAGUGGAGACCGCAGCAUGGGCCACAACCCUAAACGAUGCUAAUGCCGGCGAUGACAAAGAGUUUUCGUCAGCGAAAAAGAUCAAGAGCGAUGAUACCGAAGUGCAAGAGAUACUAGCAAAUGCUGUGGCCGUCAGCAGCAAUUCAGAGGAGGAUCAACAGCGGGCGAGUGCAAGUGCCACGCCCAGCCAGAGUGAGAUAGCGCAAAGUGAUGCGUGUGUAACGUGUGCAGUGCCGUCGCCCUUCAAUCUGGUGUUCACAACCAAGCAAAAUGUGAUGUUGCAUCUGGUGCGUUGCUAUCAGAACUAUCAGAGCGAAUGGGAGCGCAGCAAGAGUGCUGAUCCGGUGAAGACAGCACGCACUCAAGAGGUGCUCACGCAGACUUUUAAUGGCAUUAUGCGUGUUGUGGUGUUGGUGCUGACCGAUAAGAUUCAUCAGAAUCUCAAUGUGCAGCUGGAUCAGUCGACGCUGGUUGAGCUAAUGUAUUUGGAUCGUGUGAGCGACACAUUUCUUAUCGAUUUGGUGGCAGAAACCUAUCAAAAUGCAGAUGCGUUUAAUGCCAUCUUUGGACAGGUGCUGCGCUGCUUAUUUGUGGGCAUGCAGCGCAACAUUUGCAGCUCCAAGAUUAAUACACAACAGAUUGAAUGGUUGUCGCGUCUGAUUGUCAUCAAGGUGGGAAAUGUGCGUCCCAUUGCGGAUUUGGUUUCGCGUCAGCUCAACUUUAUACCCAAUAUGUGCACGAAGAUUCCGGGUCGCGAGAUUGUCAAGUGCAGUUUCUUGGGUGCCUUUCUGUCGGUUUCGUUAUUCGCCGAAGAGAAUGUGAAGUUUGCUGAGUUCAGCACAAAAAACAAGCUCGAAGAUGCGGCCACAUCGCGACUACGUUGGGAGCUACACUCGAUGCGCACUCACAUGCACACCGUUUUCCAUUCGCUCUGCGUUAAUGCCAGCAGUCGGCCCAAGACUUUGGAGUAUAUCUCUCAAGUCCUGCGUCACAACGAUCGUCGUGUGCAGUUUGCCAGCGAUGAGAAACUGCUCGCCCGCGAUGGUUUCGUCAUCAAUCUGAUGAGUGUGCUGCAGCAACUUUCAGUUAAAAUCAAACUGGAUCGUGUCGAUCCUAAUUUCCAUUAUUUCAACAACUCGCUGGUGAACAUUGAGCAGGACACGAAGAUACGGUUUAGUGAGGAGGAAUACAAGAGCUUUUUGGCCCGUGAUUUUGCUUCUCCAGUGUCGAAUGUGAACUUCCAGACGCAGUGUUGGUUCCUCACGCUGCAGGCUCAUCAUCUCGGUUAUUUGCCGGCCAUUCAACGCUAUCGGCAAAAAGUCCGCGCAAUAAAGGAGCUUCAGAAGCUCAUCGAUGAACUGGAUCGCUCCAAACCGCAUUGGGUCAACUCGCGCUAUGCCAAUCGCAACAAUCAGUUCAAGGAGCGCUGGGAAAAGCAGCUGCGCAAGCUCAAUCGCUCAAAGACCUGCAGCGAGAUCACACUGCUUGAUCCGGCACUGCUGCAACGCUGCACCGAGUUCUAUUCGACGGUAUGCGAGUUUAUGCUCUACCAAUUCGAGGGUCGCCCCAUCGAGGGACCUUUCAUCUCGAAGCUGCCGGUGUCGCAGCUGAAACCGACUGAUGCAUUUUCUGCACUGCCCGAAUGGUAUAUUGAUGAUAUUGCCGAGUUCAUAUUGUUUGCGAUGCAGCAUGCGAAUGUGGAUAUACGACAAGGCAUCGAUCAUUCAAUUAUCACAUGGCUGUUGACCUGCGUCUGUGCCUCACAUCUCAUCAAGAAUCCGUAUGUGACGGCCAAAUUAGUUGAGGUCAUGUUUGUGUUCUCCCUAAAGCCAGCCAACUCGGUGAAUACGGCGAUGUGGAAUCAUGAGUUGGCACAAAAUGCGCUUGUCAGCGCGCUAAUGCGCUUCUAUGUGGAUGUGGAGACCACAGGCCAAAGCACUGAGUUUUACGAUAAGUUUACCAUAAGAUACCACAUUAGCCAUCUGUUCAAAUCGAUGUGGGAGAAUCCCAUACAUCGCCAGGCCGUCAUCUGUGAGUCGCGACAGGGCAAUCAGUUUGUCAAGUUCGUUAAUAUGCUGAUGAACGAUACCACAUUCUUGCUGGACGAAUGCCUCGAGAAUCUCAAGCGCAUUCAUUUAACACAACAGCUUAUGUCCGAUGUGCAGAACUGGAGCGGCAUGAGUGCCGAGCAGCAGCAGAGUCGCCUCACCCAGCUGGCGACGGAUGAGCGGCAGUGCCGUUCCUAUCUAACGCUUGCCCGCGAAACUGUCGAUCUAUUUCACUAUCUCACGAGCGACAUCAAGGAGCCUUUUAUGCGCGCCGAGCUCGUGGAUCGUCUCAGUUCGAUGCUGAACUUUAAUCUUAAGCAAUUAGCUGGCCCCAAGUGCAACGAUUUGAAAGUGAAGAAUCCCAGCAAAUAUGGUUGGGAGCCGCGCAGCUUGUUGGCCCAAAUCUUUGAUAUAUAUCUCCAUUUGGACUGUGAUAGAUUCGCCCAGGCCUUGGCCGCCGAUGAGCGUUCUUUUGAUCUGCAAAUCUGCAAUGAAGCCGCAUCGCGCAUUAAACGUCUAGCGUUACGCUCUGGCGUCGAAGUGGAACGCUUUAAGGCGCUCACACAACGUGCUCACGAGAUUUACGUUUCCAAUCAACAGACUGAGGAUGAAUGCGCCGAUGCGCCCGAUGAGUUCAAGGAUCCACUAAUGGAUACAUUAAUGUCCGAUCCCGUUGUGCUACCCUCGGGCACCGUCAUGGAUCGUGCGAUCAUCACACGCCAUCUGCUUAACAGCUGCACAGAUCCAUUCAAUCGGCAGCAUCUCACCGAAGAUAUGCUGAUUCCAAACAUCGAGCUGAAGGAGCGCAUCGAUGCCUGGCGCAGGGAGCAGCGUGGCAAGCGACAGAAUAACAAUAGCUAAAGGUCGCCGCGAUCGAUCGAUCCUGCCUAUAUAAGAAAAGAGAAAAAUAAUCAUAAUGAUUGAAACCCAUUCAUAGUUUAAUGUCCAGUCUUAGUGUCUACUGAUUAUAUAUAUAUAUAUCUAUACGAUUUACAUCAAUAUGUGUAUAUGAAUACAUGUAUCUAUUAUAUAUAAUAUCAUUUAUCUGUAUGCAGAAAUAAGCUAGAGUUUUUCUCUUUCGGUCUCCUUCCUCCCUGCUCCUGCAUGCUUGCCACCCCGCCUGCCUGCCUGCCGCCUGGGGUAGUCGCAAUCUGGAACUACGUUAUGCAAUAAUUUAUAUAAAUAUACAUAUUAAAGGUCUAUACAAUUUAAAUUGCAACACAUGA